GGCUUCGUCAGAACCUCACAAGAACCCUGUUCCCGCGCCUCAAGAUCUCGGCCUCUUCUCUUCGAUUUCUUCAGGUCGGUGAUCGCUUUGAGAUUUCUCAGAGUUUGGAUUCCGAUGGCGAUGAUCUUGGGAGCUGAGGAUGCGAACGAUUGGUUCUAUAAAGGAGAGGGCGCCGCCAAUUUGGUCCUCGGUUAUUGUGGUUCUUCUCCUGCUUUGCUUGGCAAAGUGUUGCGAGUGGAAAAGAUUCAAAAAGGCGCAACCCGGAGUGCAGAAGAGUGUGAGGUCCUAACUGUGCAUGAGAAACUUGUUUGGGCCGCCAUUGGAGAGCUUGUGGAAUCCACAUCCAAAAAAGUCAUUCAGCAAGCUUUUGUGACCACUGUGUUGAACCCUUUGUUGGGCACUGAGCAUAUGGAUGCUGGGAUGUAUGUUUCUGUGUCUAGCGAAUUUUUGAAGAUCAUUGAAAAGAAUGUCCAUAAUAAACGUCCUGCUUGGCGAGUUGAUGCUGCAGAAAUUGAUCUUCGAUGUGAUUCUGCCCUUCUUAUGUCAGAUCAUUCUAUUUUUCCCAGCGGUGCAUCCAAAGAAGGUUCCUGCAUUUCUGUGGAAAUAAAGCCCAAGUGUGGAUUUCUUCCAUGCUCAGAUUUCAUUUCUGAGGCAAACGCCAUAAAGAAGAGCGUGACACGAUUCAGAAUGCAUCAAUUCUUGAAGCUUCAUAAAAAAGAGGUAUCACAAUUGAGUGAGUAUGACCCACUUGAUCUAUUCUCUGGAUCAGUAGAAAGAAUAAAUCUUGCCAUCAGAUCACUCUAUGCAACCCCUCAAAACAACUUUCGCAUAUUCUCUAAUGGCUUUCUGAUCUAUGGAGGCUUGGGAGGUGGUAUGGACAGCAUUGAAUGUGAAGCCAAGAAAUUGCAGGAAAUGAAGAAGGCUGCUGAAGAUAGAACUAAGGUCUUGAUACGGAGAGAUUUUGGUAUCCAAUUAGAUAACUUUCUUGAGCUUGUGUCAGAAGCAAUUUUUAAGUCUGGGAUGCUGAAUCAACUUCUAGCCACUCAGAAGCUUGAUGCCAUUGAUAUAGAAGGGGCAAUUCAUGCAUACUACAAUGUUAUUGGUCAGCAUUGCUUGGUAUGCGAAAGUUUAGAUGAUGCUUCACUGUUGCAUCGUUAUUCUCUUUUACAUUCUCUUUCACUGGAGGAAAGCCUGAAAAUUGUGAGAGAGUAUCUUACAGCCACCACGGCAAAGGAUUGUAGCCUUAUGAUCAGCUUUAGACCCAAAGAAGGUGGAGACUUGACAUCUAAUUGUAUCUCUCUCAGGUCAUCUAAUCAGCAUUUUGAAUACAAGGCGAAUUACAUUGAUAUGGAUAUAAAGCCCUUGGAGAAGAUGGUAUACCACUAUAAGUUAGAUCAGAAAAUUGUGAAAUUUUAUGUGGAGAAUCGAGAGAAUGGAGGAAGCCCUUGUGAUUUUGAUGGAGGUGCAGAAAACAUUCAGAUCUAAAAUUAGCAUGAAGAGACCUUCCGCCUUCAACCAUUGUUUUUUUGAGAGAGGCCCCUUAAAGCACCUCGAUAUCAUCUAUAAUUGAUGCCAUUGAAGACAAAAAUGGUUGGCUUACGAGCAGUGUUCUUGUGGUGCCAAUCAUCUUCUUUAAGAACUCCAACUUGCUAGGAUGUCUGGUCGAACUUCAUUUUAUUUUUAUUGCAUUUCCUCAAACAACAAUUAUAGUAGCGCUACUUCCUGGUGGCUCAGUAAUGAACAGUUUAUUUGGAACAUAAAUAUAUAACCUAUCAAAUUGUUGCAGAAUUUCCAAAUUUCCGUCUCAGUUUAUCUCCAAGAAAUAAGGCAUGCUACACGUUUGUGUU